AUGUUCAAGCUACUCUGCCUGCUUGCGGUCCUUGCCGUAGUUAGUGCUUUACCCGCAACAAUUGAAGACGCACCAGCGCAUGACGGAGUCACGAGAAGAGACACAGUUGCAGCUGCACCGGAGCUGCAGGCGGAAAAUGAAGAUGCAACGGUUGCAGAAACGACAUUCGAAGCACAGGAUGACAUGGAUAAGGCGGAAACAUUUGGAUAUGGAUAUCGCAAGAUCAUCCACGUCUAUCCAGGCUUUUAUCCACGCUACUAUCACUACGGAGGUUACUACCCCCGAUACUACUACGGGCACUACGGACACUACUGGUAG